AAAUAAGAAAUUUGUGGUAUUUUGAAAAUACCUUGUAUAUAAGACCGUUGCUCUUGAGAAGUUGACAUCAAAAGCAUCUUAACCAUCACAAGUGUUGCACGCAACAUCCGUGGAUAUAAGAAAUCAAUUAAAACUAAAAGGAUUAACUCGGUCGUGUUUUUACGCAAAAUAUAAAAAUAAAUAAAUAAAAAUAAAUCAAUAUGAAAGUGUUUGCCAUAACUACAGUUUGUUUAUUGGUUGCCAGCUGUGCCUGGGCGGCUCCAAGUGUACAAGAUAAUCAAAUCGAAAGUGAAUCAACCUUCACACGUGCCGCCCGCUAUUUGGGCUCAUGUUUCGAAAGUGACGAUAUGACCACUUGUUUGGCUGUUAAGGGUAUUACCGCUCUUAAUCGUGCUGCCAGAAGUAACAAUAUCGAAUUGGUCAAUGGUGUUUCAUUCAAAAGAGAUCCAGCCAGUCCAGUACAACGCAACGGUCGUGCUCUAAGCGAGACUGACGUUCUCUCACAAUUGCCCGAAAAUACCGAUGAACGCACUGGUCAAUUGGUCGAUAUGGCCGUCGAGAGCGCUGCCGAAUUCUUGGGCAGCCAUAAUCUCGAAGUGAAAGUACCCGCCGAAACUACCCAAGAGAUUGCCCGUGCUUUGGAUGAAGGCCGUGGUAAAUUGAAGAAAAUGAUUGGUCCAAUUGCUUUGGCUAUUGGUGCUAAAUUGUUCGCUUUGGUACCACUUUUGUUGGGAGGUUUGGCUUUGUUGACCACUAAGGCCAUCAUUGUUGCUAAAAUCGCUUUAUUCUUGGCCAUUUUGGUUGGGGGUUCGAAAUUUUUCGGCGGUUUAGGUAACAAAUUCGGUGGUUCCUUAGGCGGUGGCUACAGUGCCAACAGUGGUGCUGGUUGGUCCGCAGGUGCUUCUAAUAAUGCUGGUUGGUCCUCAGGUGCUUCCUCAGCUUAUCCCUAUGCUCGCAGCAUCAAUGUUGACGGUGAUGCUCAAGAAUUGGCUUAUGCUGGUCAAAUUAACGCUCAAUAAUUCGAAUAGUUAGACAAAAUAUUAAACAAAACUUGUAAUUCUUAUAUUAAUUAAUUUAGUAUUUGAACACAAACACAAGCAUUUAAUAUGCCCAACCAAAUGUGCCUUUUGUUGAAAACGAAACAAACACUUUAGUAGUAGUUAGUAGUAAUUUAUUGAAAAAAAACACAUAUCUACAAAAAUAAACAUAAAUUAUUUAAUUUAUUGUAAUUUAUUUAAAGAAAACAAACAAAAAAAAAACAUUUUUAUUAUUAAAACGUGAUUAAAAACAUCACGUUAUAAAUACACAUGUGUGACAUUCUAGUUCAGUUUAACCAUAACAACACGAUUUAACCUCAUUCGCAAUAGAAAUACAAUAACCAGAUUAACAAUGUCUAUGAACUGCAAUUAAUUUAGCCAUAAUUAUUUUUAUCAUUAAAAAUAGCUCUUACUUUUUAUAUUAAAUUUUAAUUAAAUGACAAAACCACAUCACCAAACCAAACACACAUACAUACAUGAAUAAUUUUGUACAAAUCAUAUGAAAACGAAAAAAAAAAUAUAUACUAAUUAAAAAAAUAUAAUAAUUAAAAA